UAUGUUAACGCGGUGACGUAAUGUUUUCACUGUAUGCUGAUGUCUAUCACGCGCGUGUUCGCGCCAGCUCACGGAUGCGCCGUUGUGCGCAUGCGCAAACUCUCCCAGCAGCUCGCUUUGCAUACGUACACCCUUCAGCAGCCUUCGUGCCUGGCUCUCUUUGUUAGUUGCAUUGGCUCGCAUGACUCUUGCUCCGUGUUUUCAGUUUUCAAACUCCGGAGUUCUUCAGUUCUGUUCAGACUUCCUUGUACAAGGUGACAUCGUCGUUUCGGUCUCUUGUUGCCUAGUUGUGGUGUCCAGUCCCUGGGCGGGCUGGAAUUCUGAGUGCUGUAUCCGCGGAGUGGUUUACUCAAAUUUUCUCAAAUUUUCCCACGCUGAGGCAAGAGAUGUCGCGCAGGUCCGCCAGGUCAUCUUCUAGCCCCUACGCUAGAGCAACAUCCUCCUCUGCUCCUGGAACCACCCAGGCCGGAGCCCCGGCCCAGAACCCCGCGCCGCCUCGUGCUCCUCGUGCUCCGGCUCUACCUGGCCAAGUGCCUCCGUCUCAGUCAAUGCCGGCCGGCCAACCACCCCAGCCCACGCUGGCGAGCCAGAUCUCCGCCGCCGUGGCUGUUGCUAUUCAGCCUCUGGCCGACAAGGUUACCCUGCUGGAGCAGGCUGGCGCGGCCCAACUCGCCGGCCCAGGAACUGGCGUCAACUCGGGACUCGCUCAUGUUCCGACGUUCAGCGGGGCCUCGCUUUGUGCUGCCGGAUCAAUCGCCACUGCAGCGCCGGUUUUACCAGCAUCAGUACCGGCUGCCAGCCACCCGCCACAACAGUGGCCGUCAUCUGGAGAUCUCCCCGUGGUGCCGCCUCGUCUUCGAGACCGGAUUGUGCGAGGUGAGUUCACGGAAUUGAGUGAUUUGCUGCCUGAAUCCCUGGGUUUCGAGGGGGAUCAUGAUGUGAUGCAACUCGACGUGGGCGCGGGCCGAUCUGUGCAGCUCGUCCCCAAAUCUUCCCACCGGCAACCCGCCAAACGACACAUCUAUGAUCUUGCCACAUGGGUGGAAGCGUUCACCACCUACUCGAGGGUGCUGGCCGACGCCUCACCACAGCUGGCAGGUGAUCUCUGGGCGUAUCAGGCCAUCAUUGUCGAUGCCAACGUCCGGUUCCACAAUGAUGCCUGGCUGUCCUACGACCGCAAAUUCCGUAUGGCCAAGGCGUCCCUCCCUCACCGCUAUUCCUGGUCCGUCAUUGACCCGAACCUGUGGCAGUCUUGUCUCACGGGCCGUGGGCGGCCUCCGUGCCAGCGUUGCUCCAUGGUCCAUCCAAGUCAGCCCAGCAGCUGCCCCUUUCGUGGGGGGCUCCCAGCCCCUACAGCGCCUACUGGGAGCCAGUUCUCGCACCAGCCUCGCUUUGACGGCAAAGCCAUCUGUCGUAAUUUCAACUUCGGCAGCUGCUUGCUCUCCCCCUGCUCCAGAGCACACGUCUGCAUGCAGUGCCGCGGCCGUCACCCCGCACGCCAAUGCUCCAAGUCUGGUGACUCGACCAAGAAAUAACUCUCACCCCAGUGGUGACGCUGCUUUACAGGUGCCCACUAGCACGCCUGUUCAUGUUCGGCGCUUUAUCAAUCUUCUCUCUCCUCAUCCAAAUGCAGUAUUUCGCUCUUAUGUUUCACAAGGCAUGCAGUAUGGCUUUCGUAUUGGCAGCUCUCGCCCCAUUGCAUCUUCUGUUAUGUCUCCUAAUCACCCUUCGGCUUGUGCUUGCCCUGCUGAGGUUACUACUCAUCUGCUUACCUGUUGUGACCGCGGAGAAACUGCGGGCCCAUUUGCAUCUCCGCCAUUCCCUCACAUGCAUAUUUCUGGUUUGGGUGCUAUCCCGAAGUCUAAUGGCAAACUGCGUAUCAUCCACGACCUCUCGUCCCCUGCCGGCUUGAGUGUGAAUGACGGUAUAUCUCGGGAUGAAUUCAGCCUGCAGUACGAAACUGUCGAUACAGCUAUCUCUCUGAUCAUGCAGGCAGGGCGUGGCGCUCUUUUGACGAAGGUCGACAUCAGGAAUGCAUUCCGUCUCUGUCCUGUUGCCCCCUGUGACUGGCCCUAUCUAGGCAUCUUCUGGCAGGGACAAUUCUAUCAUGACAAAGUGCUACCAUUUGGAUUGCGUUCUGCACCAUACAUAUUCGAUAAAUUCGCCACAGCAGUCCAGUUUAUUCUCGAGGAUGCGUGCCACCUAAGCCAAUUACUCCACUACCUGGACGACUUUCUGAACGUUAGUCCGCCCCACCUGCCCGUUGCGGAACAUCAUCGCUCACUUAUCUUAGACAUGCUCCGCUAUUUGCAGAUACCGGUGGCCUCUGAGAAAGUCGAAGGCCCAUCCACAUGUCUCACCUUCCUUGGCCUGGAGCUGGAUUCGCUGACGUUUGAGAUCCGGCUACCGUCCGCCAAACAUGGGACGUAUAUCGGCAAAGUCAACGGCCUCCUUCAAUCAGGCAUGGCGUCCCGGCGCGAACUCGCCUCCGUGUUGGGCAAUCUCUCGUUCGCGGCCCGGGCUAUUCCUGCCGGUCGUACCUUCCUGAGGCGCCUGUACGACCUUGACCGUGCAACAAGCAACCUUCCAAAGCACAAGGUUCUCACCCUGUCAGCCGGAGCAGUGAACGACCUCAAAUGGUGGCAGCGUACCCUAUCAGUCUGGCCAGGGAAGCCGUUCUUCCUCCUGGACAAAUGGACAAAGGCGCCCAACUUGCAAUUGCAGACUGAUGCCAGCGGUAACCAGGGCUAUGGAGCGUACUUCCAGGGACGAUGGAUCCGUGGAGCAUGGUUGCCCCACCAGCAUUCAGAGUCCAUACAGUAUAAAGAACUGUACGCUAUUGUCAUCGCAACCAGUACAUGGGCGUCAGAGUGGAAGUCCCUCCGUAUUGAGUUUCAGUGCGACAACUCAGCUGUUGUAGACUGCAUCAAAUCCGGCACCAGCAGAUCGCCACCCAUGAUGUCUCUAGUUAGGUGUCUGUAUCACCUUUGCGUUGCUCACGAUUGCCUGAUUUCAGCAGUGCACAUCCCUGGUGUUACUAAUACCAUUGCCGAUGCUCUUUCCCGGAAUCUGUUGCAGGAAUUCCGCCGCCUGGCACCCACGGCACAGCUCCAUCCGGACAUGCCGAUCUUGCCCACACCGGACUGA